AAAAAAAUGUCGAACGCAUCUUUCAUAUCGCAUUUGUUAAAAAUUUGGAGACAGGCCCGUCUACCAUGGCGUUCCCGUAUGUUUAUAGGCAUAGAUUUAUCGGGUAAUGAAUAUUAUGAAACUGUUGAGGCUAUCAACGGUAGAAAAAAACGUAUGGUCGAAAUGAAAGAAGAGAAACCGUUGAGUGAAUAUAAUACUGAUGACGUGCCCGUACAAUGGCAAAGUUGGUUAAGGCACACAAGGUUAGACCCGCCUACCAUAGAGGAAGUUACGUUAGCCAAUAAACGAAGAGAAUUAAUUAUUCAAAGAGCCAAGGCUUUGGAUAGAGAAUGGGAAGAGCGCAAGUUGGCGAUAUCACGUGUCGAAGCAAUUAAUUCAACGGAGACCAUCAGCGAAGAGGCAUCACCUUCAAAACCAAUCAAGGACUCCCCAUUUGGAGCUCAAACUAUACCUGGUGACGCGUUUGAACCCGAACCUUGGAAACCCGUAACUACCAAGAAAUAG